AUGACAAAGCCGAGACCUGCCGAGCCAGUUCUCCGCGAGGUCCGCCUUCAGUAUACAGAGCUGCCUAGCAGCGUAGUUGCGACUUGGAGAUCGCCCUGCCACGCCCCGAGAGCUCGGGAAAAGCACCGAACGCUACACACGAUCAAAUACCAGGACAAUAUACCUCGUACUGCCAUCAGAAACCAUGUGGCCGUCAACAAGAAGCCACCAUCAACGACAAUACCGACCAAGGCCUCUCUCACGCACAAAUACCCCUUUUGCUCAGUACUGGCCAAGAUGAGCUUCCUUCCCCUCGCGGCGUACGUGAAGGAGUCCGGCGUCAUCAAAGCCCCCGUCCAGGACCUCUGGGCUCUCGUCUCCAAAAUCCACCAGUGGGAACCCAUUCACUCGGGUCUGAAAAAGGCGGAAAAGAUCUACGACGACAAGGGCGAGGAGACGCAGUUUGUGCGGUGGGAUUUCAAGGACGAGCAUGAAAUCAUUUGCCGAGUUGAGGCGUUGGAUCAUCUCGACUACAUGAUCAAAUUCAGCACAAACUGGUCAAAGCUGCCUCUCGAAUACAUCGGCGUCGUCACCACCAUCCGCCUCUUCCCCAUCACUUACGGAUUUUGCAAGGGCUACACCCUCUUAGUCAUGGACGGCGAAUACACGAGCGACGUCAAUCCUGCCAUGCUGGCAACGGGAUCGAGAAGGAGACGUCAAUUCAUCGACGAAGUGUCGGCGUACUUUGAAUCGGGAAAGAAGCCGCCCAUCCCUACAUCACAGGUCCCGUGGGCACGGGAAUAG